AUCUUGCCCCUAGUAUGCUUGAAUACUGCGGUUAUACUUAGGUCGUACGGGGCCUUUCACACUUUACAAUCUCUUGAUCAAAGAUCCUCCACGAGUCUCGAAUACUGCUUCGAACGCGAAAGCACGUGUCCACUCUUAUUUAAGGAGUGAGACAAUACAACCAACGUCCGCUUUACUUAACCCUCCGAGCAGCGAUCACAUUCAGAACAAGUCGCCAGUAUCUCGUUUCAACAAGAAACAACUUCAAGGGCCUGAAAUCGCGAGCUGUACGCGCAUUUGCGACACAAGGGUGACGGCAGAACACUUGCAGGGUCCCACACUAUAUCAUGUCGCUUCCCAUAAUCGACAUCUCUCCCUUUCUGGAUGCUUCAUCGGCUCCAGAAAUUCGCCAGCAAGUAGCGCAAUCCAUCAAUAAUGCAUGCACUGAGUUCGGCUUUUUCUACCUCACCGGACAUUGCAUCCCACAAGCAAAGCUCGAAGAAGUCAUCUCCCUAGCGCGGCAAUUCUUCGCUCUACCAAAUGAACAGAAGAACAAGAUCAAAAGGCACGAUGCGGGUGGUCCGGAGGGUGGUGACGGCGCAAGAGGCUACCAAGGCAUGGGGGAGAACGUCACACAGGGCAAGAAGGAUAUGCACGAAGCGAUCGACCUCUACCGCGAAUGGGACCACGCGCCAAAAGUCGAAGGAAACGGCGGACGGGGCACGUAUAGUACGCUCCAGGGGCCCAAUUUGUGGCCCGACGAGCCCAAAGAGCUGAAGUCGGUGUAUCUAUCGUACAUCGAUCAGCUACAGAGCGUCGGUACAGCACUCGUACGCGCAAUGGGGCAGGCGCUCGACCUUCCUCCCCCAGAUCCCAACUCGUCCGGGACCCCUAAGACGGAGGAUUCAGAAGUCUUUGUGCGAAACACCGACCACAGCUUCUGGGUCAUGCGCCUAAUAGGAUACCCCAAGCUGUCCACACCCGUCAGCCCUGAUGCUCCUCUUUCCUCGCUCUCCUGCGGUGAGCACACCGACUACGGGUGCGUGACGCUCCUACUCACCGACCCUACCCCAGGCGCGCUGCAAGUCCUGCUCAAAGACGGGACAACUUGGCUUAACGCGGAUCCCAUACCGGGCGCUUUUGUAGUUAACAUCGGCGACAUGAUUGAGCGGUGGACGAACGGGCUGUGGAAGAGCACGAGACAUAGGGUGAUUCAUCGUGGGGAGGGGUAUAGGGUGAGCGUGCCGUUCUUCUUCGAGCCGAAUUUCGAGGCCGUGGUGAGGCCGCUGGAAAGGUGUGUGGAGCGGAGUGGGAUGGAGGCAAUGCAUGGUGGGAGUACGUAUGGAGAACAUCUACUGGGGAAGGUGUUUGGGAAUUUCUACUGAUUAUACGUGGGAUAAGUGGUGGGAGACGCAUAAAGUAACGAGUAGACGAGCUAGUAGAGAGGGCUGCUGCCCAGGGAAGGGG